AUGUUCGCUGCUCGUCAGUCCUUCAACCUUUUCCAGAAGCGUAGCUUCUCCGCUUCUUCCAGCCAGCUUUCCAAGGUUGCCGUCCUCGGUGCCGCUGGUGGUAUUGGCCAGCCUCUCUCCCUCCUCCUCAAGCUCAACCCCCGUGUCACUGAGCUUGCUCUCUACGAUAUCCGCGGUGGACCUGGUGUCGCCGCUGAUCUGAGCCACAUCAACACCAACAGCACCGUCACCGGCUACGAGCCCACUGCCUCUGGCCUCCGUGAUGCCCUGAAGGGCUCCGAGGUCGUCCUCAUCCCUGCCGGUGUUCCCCGCAAGCCCGGCAUGACCCGUGACGACCUGUUCAACACCAACGCCUCCAUCGUCCGCGACCUUGCCAAGGCUGCUGCUGAGGCUUCCCCCGAGGCCAACAUCCUCGUUAUCUCCAACCCCGUCAACUCCACCGUCCCCAUCGUUGCCGAGGUCUUCAAGUCCAAGGGUGUCUACAACCCCAAGCGUCUCUUCGGUGUCACCACCCUCGACGUGGUCCGUGCCUCCCGCUUCAUCUCCCAGGUCAAGAAGACCGACCCCGCCGGCGAGGCCGUCCCUGUUGUCGGUGGUCACUCCGGUGUGACCAUCGUCCCCCUCCUCUCCCAGUCCAACCACCCCGAGAUCGAGGGUACCACCCGCGACGAGCUCGUCAACCGCAUCCAGUUUGGUGGUGACGAGGUCGUCAAGGCCAAGGACGGUGCCGGCUCCGCCACCCUCUCCAUGGCCAUGGCCGGUGCUCGCUUCGCCGAGUCCCUCCUCCGUGCCUCCCAGGGCGAGAAGGGCAUCGUUGAGCCCACCUUCGUCGACUCCCCUCUCUACAAGGACCAGGGUGUUGACUACUUCGCCUCCCUCGUCGAGCUCGGCCCCAACGGUGUUGAGAAGAUCAACCCCGUCGGCCCCGUCAACGAGUACGAGCAGAAGCUCGUCGAGACCGCCCUCGGUGACCUCAAGAAGAACAUCCAGAAGGGCCGUGACUUCGUUAAGGCUAACCCUUAAAUGAUCUAAUUCUCUCAUCUGGAAUGAUAUGAACAAAAAAACCUCUUUUCUGCAGCCACGUUCCUCCUUGUAUAACAGUCUAGUCAUUCUUCUUUCUCCCCUGUCACGCUAAAUAUUUUAACCCGCCCUUGGCUUUUAUAUCGGAGGAAUGUUGCUGCAGCAUCAUCGAAGC